AUGCAUUAUACGCAGCGGAUGGCAGUUAACGAAGCGGAAUUCUGUCCAGCAGGAUACGGUUGUGUUUUCCAGUGUAAUGUCAGAGCGCUUGUGGAGGACUUGUUCGAGAUUGUCUCGUGGUAUUUCCCUAUCGAAUUGAAGCAGACGUCCAGCAACGCUUCGAUUACGAAAGAUUUGUUAACGCAUGGUUGCGUUACAUGCUUAACAGCGCACCCAGAGUUCGCUCCAUUUUGUUAUUUGUUGAUCGAGGAAAAACUAAACGAUGAGGAAUGUUCUCUUCAGCAAAAGAUAGAAGCUUGCGAACUUCUUGCGGAAGCAGCCUCAGUGUUCCGUCCGGAGAGCAUUUUGAGUCACCUUGAGUCUAUGUUAGGUGCUCUUCGUGCUGUAGGUCUAAAUCCUAAGUGUGAAAUGGCAGAAUGUGUUCCAAGGGCUCUGAUCGCUAUAACGGAAGCGCUGAGUAAAUGUGAUAACGAAUCCGUGAUAAAGCUAGGCUCACAACUUGUCGAAAAUCUCGAACCUUUUGUACUACAAGUUGACAUGGGCCUUACUGAACGGUCACUUACUCUGCUACACUGUGCUUCAAAUGCUGGCCCAGCUAUUCGAGGCAUGGUAUACGACCGAGUCAUUCCAUGGCUUGUCAUGCUUGUUCAAGCGAAAUCGCAGGACUUUCCAAUGAUAUGUGCCGCGGUUCACGAUGAAUCUACAUACACCGAUCUAUCGCCGAGAAUAUUUUCUAUCUUAGUUGGAAGUCCAUGUCGCGAAUUUUUUGAUGUUUUCCUAUGCAUGGCCACUAGACUUGCAUCUACAUCCGUCAUUCCACUUAUUUCAACUGCGGAGCAAUUUUACCUGAUAGCCUUUAAACUAUCCUCUCCAACUGGUGAGACGAUCGCAGCAUUCGCGGAGACGAUGCAGUCAUUCGGUCUGUUGUUAGAUAAGGAAAAUCGUCUUUUGUUGUUGGAGAAGAUUGUCGACACAUUAAUAUCUCAUCAAAUUGUGGAUAUGUUCACUCUGUUCUUGGUCCAAUCCCAGGAUCCGAUGCUUAUGAAGCGCUGCGCUAUGCUACCAGUAUGUGGAGAACAAAGUGCAUACAGAUUCUGUGUAGGUAUCGCUAAUCACGAGCCGGACAUAGGAAAAGUGUUGUUGUUGAGAAGUGAACUACCUUAUGAAAUAAGUUGUGCGAUUUCGAAAGGCCUUCUUCUGUCUGGGAAGGAAGAGGGCGUUAAAAUCUACAAAGAACAACUCGAUCGUCUUUGGCGAAGGGAUUCGGCUGAUCAUGAGAUUCUCUUGAAACAUCUUUGUAAUAUUUUUGACUUUGAUACUGCUGCGAAUAACCCUCAACGAUGUUUGUUUAAGGUCACGUUUUUAUGGAAACAGAGAGUAUUCAAUCAGCUUGGCAAGAGCUUCGUAGCAGCUGUGAACCGUGCAGACGAAUCUGGUAAGACUAUUCUAAUGCAGUUAUUACCCUUCUUACUGAAGUGUUUUGAAAACAGUUCCGCCAUGCAGCAACUUUUCGAUGAGUUUCUUCCCGUAUUUCGAACUGCUCUUGCCGGCGACAAGGAAGGGGAUCCAGUAGUACUCUUUGCGUUGUCUCGUUUUAUUGCCGGUUCACCAGCUGACAGAUUUUCUUCAGAAGAUAGCUACCUCAUGAUAAAAGCUCUCACCAGAGCCUUACUAGCACCGGAUAUACCGAUGGUUUGUUUCUUUUCUUUGCCACGACUAGGUAUAGAUACGGUAUGGGCGAGAAAGAAGUGA